UACCUUGCUGCGCUCGAUGCAAUCGUUACCAUUAUGACCUCCCUUACAGGCUCCUUUUCACAGCAGCUCGUUCAAUUCCAAAGCUGUCUUGAGAAGGACACGGUUGCUGUAGUGAGCAUAUCAAGAGCCAAUAAUUCUGCUCGAACAGAAGGUUCGGCUCAGAACAACGGCCCAGUUGACUAUGCCCCGAUGGUUGCAGCAAUCAAUGUCGGCGUGAUUCAACCAGUUGACAAUCUAACAUACGCACUUUCCUCCGGGUGUAUCAGCGGCAACUGUACUCUCCCUGCUACCGAUGGUGCCUCAUUCUCCGCCGUGGGUGUUGGCCAUUUCUGUGAGGAUGUGACCGCACACAUCCGUAUCCUGAACAAGACUUAG